UCUUCUUCUUCUUCUUCUCUUCUCCCUCUGAGAUGCUCUCUCAUCCCCUGUGAUCGCCAUUCGAUCCUCCACUCUGCCUCCAUUUGACUCCAUUCAAACUCUUGUUUUUGGGACAUUGUUGACCUUUGCCAAGUCCCUUCAAUUGUCGAAUCCUCGUCUCUUUUUAGGAUUCGUUCGUUGUAGCUCUCCUCAGUCUCCCCGUUCAACUACUGACGUCUAUCAAAUUUACCACCUCCUGUGACACCCCGCCUCUGGCUUUCUUACAAUCUGGCCACCAUCAAGUUGUCUUUUAUUAAUUGGUAUCAUACCAUAAUCCACCCAUUAUGACGGCACAGACGGUCCCUGCAAUCCCUCCGCGGCCAUCAAGGUCACCGCACCAGCAGAACCUUGCACCGACGGGCAAUGCGCCCAAGAUUCCUCCACGUCCUUCUCGGCAUAUCGAACGGUCAAUGUCCCCGCUCCGAGAUAGCUUUGCGCCAUCACCGUUGAACGAGCCCCCUCAUGGCUCGGCCCUGAAUCGCACGGUCUCUAGUGAGACUCCACAACGUCCACCGAGCGUCACGAUACCGUCCCUGGGCGAAGAAGGCAUCGAAUAUGAAGACCUGGGCGUCAGUGAUACCCCCGAGAAUCAUCCUGCCGCCCCGACGGAAACACGGAACGUGGGGAGCGAUCUCAAACUCCAUGCGCCAAGACCGUCCUUGCCGACCUCGAGCGCCAAAGCCCAAGUACAGGCGGUCACACGCACGGAUUCUCGCCAGGUUGCCGCGGCGGGACUUGCUGGAAUGACGUCUCCUUCCCACGAGGAGCGCCCUGAACGUCCGGGUCGUUCGCUGCACUCCGGAGCAAGCGGCUCGCGAGCAGACUCAUCGACGGCCUCGACCGACCGACGGCUGCAAUAUGAAGAAGAGCAGGGCAUCCCCGAAAUUGGACAGCGGGUCCCCAUGUACCCCAAUGGUGGCGAUGUGCAGGCGCCGUCCCCGAGUCCCUAUCAGGUGGAACACGCGGCCAAUCAGCGCCCGAGCCGGGGCCAUAACCGAAGCCGUAGUGGUCGCGAAUCUUCCCUACCCCCCGGUAGUUACGGUCUCCACGGUCAUGGCGUGGACCCCAGUGACAAGUUCGAGAAGGCUUGGUAUGAGAAGCAUCCGGAUCAAUACGUGAAGGAGGAGAAAGGGCAAUAUGGCUCCGGCGUUGGCACUCCCAAGCCCGACUGGGCUCUGAGUAGCGAUGACUUGAAUAAGCUUGUUCGCGGUUCUGCGGUAACCGGUUCUGGCCUUGGGACCUCUCCUGCUGUGAGCGGCACCCCAGAAGAGGAGAUUGGCUACAUCGCUUCUGAUGAGUACCAGCACCGCCUGGUGUCGCCCCCACCGCCGGGAUCGCACCACGACUCGCGUCCAGCGGUUGCCUCGUCUCUGAAACAAUCGGAAGUGCCCGAUCCGGAGCCCGAGCCUGUGACCGAGGAGACAUCGGGCGGAAAAUCCAGAGACUCUGGCUUAAUUCACGUUAAUGAACCCUACCACCAUCUGCACCAUCCAGAUGGUUUUGCUCCGACCCCCGAUCCGGAUGAGCUGGCCCAUGGACACGGUGACGACGACGCUGAGAAGGAAGAGCCCAUCCUGGCUGCGGAUGAAGUGCGCCCGGAGUCUGCGUACCAACACCCCGCCAUCUCCCCGACAUUCGGUCGGAGGAGCAGUCAGGACCAUGAGAGGAGCCGGCCUUCCAGUGUCUCCCAUAGUCGUCCGACCAGCAGAAGCACCAGCCAUCACGGCAGUAUGCCCAAUCUGGCACGACUCAACUCACGCGAUGAACGCGAGGAUGCGCACACGCCGCUCGAGGAUGUCGAGGAGUAUGAGCCUUUGUUCCCCGAAGAUGCGUCCAAGGACAAGAAGCCGGUCUCCACUGUGGAGCGCUUCAAGCAGCGUCCCGACCUGCUUAAGCAUCGAUUUCCGAGUCAGGACAUCUGGGAGGAUUCCCCCAACAGUCUGCAGCUCCAUACCACCGUGUCCACCCCCGACGCGGCCAAGGAUGAAGUCUACGAGACCCCGGAACAGGAAUCCUUCCGCAGAAGCCAGACGACCCGCACUGAUCCCCACCGGAUCGCCACACAGAUAUUGGAGGCCGAAGACCAGGAACAUGAGGAGCAGGCCUCUUCGCGUCAGGGUAUCGCCAAGCAAAGGUUUCCAAGCCGUGAUAUUUGGGAGGACGUCCCAGAAAGCCAGAGACUGGUGACCACGAUAGAGCCCUCAGAAGCGCAAGAACUCCAAAGCCCAGUGGUACCCACGAAACCACACCUUCCGUCCCGACCUCAAAAGCAGGCUCCCCCUGUAAACACUUCUACCAAGCCUGUCACGUCACCCACCAAUCCAGUCACGUCGCCCACCAAGCCUGUCACGUCGCCCACCGAGAAGAAACAGCCCCCCAUGAUUCCAGAUCGGCCUAAGCCGCAGAUCCCUAUCCGGCCUGCCCGACUUGCCCGCGGAUCCACGGAUGAGAACAAGGAUGCUCCAGCGGCCAAGGAUGUUGCAGCUAAACCAAAACCUGCGGUGCCAUCGCGUCCGGGGGGAAGCAAAAUUGCGGCUCUCAAGGCAGGAUUCCUGACCGACUUGAACUCACGGUUACAAGUUGGUCCCCAAGUGGCCAAGCCGCCGCCGAAGGAGGAACCUCCGGCCGAGAAAGUACCGCUGAGUGAUGCUCGCAAGGGACGGGCUCGUGGACCGGCACGACGGAAGCCUGCAGCCGAACCCGCCCCCUCACGUCUGCCCACGAUACCCGAGGUCCGGAUCACUGAGACUUGGAAUGUGUGGCAGGUGGACGCAGACGGCCACGUGGUCGUGGGUGACAGCGGGAAAGCCGAGUCGCCCAAGGUGAAAGCCGAGUCGCCCAAAGCUGCUGCUGCGGCCCCCGACACUACACUCGAGAGCGCCCCAAUGGCCCCGCCGAUAUCCGAGAACGCUGCCGGCGAGUCGACCGAUCCCCAGCCGUCGUCAUCCCCAGCGAAGGAGUCAUCCCCGGUCAAGGAGUCACCUCCAGUCAAGGAGUCACCUCCAGUCAAGGAGUCAUCUCCAGUCAAGGAGUCAUCUCCAGUCAAGGAGUCAUCCCCAACCGAGGAGUCAUUCCCAGCUGAGGAGAAGGCCCAGUCGCCGGAAGCCACCUCUCCCCCAGCCGCGGAACCCAAGACACUGCCGGUCUUCACCGACGCAGCCCACAAGGCCCCGGACACGGAAGAUACUGAUACCAAGGACGGACCCGCUCCCGCCGUAGAACCGGUAGUGAAAGAAGACGAGCCGGAAGCAGCCUCGGCCACAGCCCCAGCCGCAGCCCGAAUUCAAUCCCCUGAGGAAGAAGCAGUAGAUACCAUCGCGGAGGGCCUAGCCGCCGUCGCCGACGGCAAGGAAAACCAAGAAAUCCAACACCACGUUUAGUGAAGUGUUUAAUAUCUUGUUGCUCUCCUUUCUGUUCCAGCGGGACGGGCAAUCUUCAGUGUGUGUCUAGCAUAUUCCAUUCAUUCAUUCAUCCAUUCACUCCUUCCUUCCUUCCAUAUCGCUUGAUGUCCAUAUCUUGUGACUGCUUCCCUCACUCUCCUUAGGAGAAUAUAACGCUGCGAGUACCUACUAGUACUAGUACACUUAUGUCUAUUUCCUUGCUUGGACAUGCAUGCAUCUGUCGCCCACGUUGGGUAUUAUCUUAUUAUAUGUGUACAGUCGUUGAUUGUUGAGUUCUAGCUGUGGUAAUCUUUUAUUACGGUGUGGGUUGUGAUUACUAUUGAUAUGGUUAGUAGUACUAUUGUAGGAGUUUACUACCUGCCAGG